GACUUUGGACGAGUGGGUGUGGUUAAAAGGUGUUCGUGUUCAUAACAAAAACAAAACCUCGACAACAAAAACUUUGCAAAUCCAGUUUCAAGUAGCAGAAGUUGCAGAAAUUGCAGAAAAACGGCUUUGAAUACUGCAACAAUGAUGCCCCUUAAAGGAGUAGGUGAGAGUGAUGACCAAAACAAAAUGAGGUUCCAGGUUGAGCUUGAGUUUGUACAGUGCCUAGCCAAUCCAAACUAUCUCAACUUCUUGGCUCAGAGAGGAUAUCUCAAGGAAAACGCAUUUAUCAAUUAUCUCAAGUACCUGCUCUACUGGCGAGAACCUGAAUAUGCUAGGUAUUUGAAAUACCCUACAUGUUUGUACUUUUUGGAGCUGCUGCAAUACGAGCAUUUCCGAGCUGAACUAGGCAAGGCGCAGUGCGCAAAGUUCAUUGAUGAUCAGCAGAUUUUAUUGUGGCAACAUUACACCCGAAGAAGAAGCAGACUGAUGGAGAUGGCAGCGCAGCGAGCAAUGGUUCCCGACGGACCUCACACAAACGGUCAAGCAAGCAAUUCAAAAUGACUUUUCUUUUUUAUAAUUAUAUGAUAAUAUACAUAAUAUAUAUUCAUAUUAUCUUUAAAUAAAUUUAUCCUUCAAUUAAAACAUUAAAAUUUUUUAUUG